GAGUGAAUCCACCGACGAAUAUAGGUUCUCGUUUCUCUCUCAGUCAGAAUCGUAACAAUUAAGAAAAAAUCCCAACCUUUGUAUAAAUCGCCCCUUAUUUACUCUUUAUUACCUAUUCUCUCUCUCUCUCACACACACACAAGCAAAAAAAUGGCAGCCACAUCUUCACCAGCAAUCCUCCCAACAAUCAACGCACCAGCCGCCACCGACACGGCGCAACAAAUCGGCCCAACACCAGCAUUCCGUUCAUUCAUCAACCACAUCUCCACCACCGUCCAAACCGGUUUCGCCAACCGCCGUCCCUGGUCCGAGCUCCUCGACCGGUCCGCUUUUUCCAAACCGGAAUCAUUCUCCGACGCCACUCUCCGUAUCCGCAAAAACUACACCUACUUCCGUAUCAAUUACCUCUCUGCCCUUGCCGUUGUUCUUGCAUUUUCACUCAUUACAAACCCUUUUUCCCUUCUUGUCCUCUCCGGCCUCCUCGCCGCUUGGCUUUUCCUUUACCUUUUCCGCCCUUCCGAUCCGCCUUUGGUUAUAUUUGGACGGCAGUUUUCUGAGAGGGAGACGCUGGGUCUGCUUAUUAUUUCGACUGUGGUUGUGAUCUUCUUGACAUCUGUUGGAAGUGUGCUUGUUUCAGCUCUCAUGAUUGGUCUUGCGAUUGUGUGUACGCAUGCUGCUUUCAGGGUCCCUGAGGAUCUUUUCCUUGACGAUCCACAGGACUCUCCCGCUACUGGGUUUCUCUCUUUCUUGAGCGGUGGCGCCGCCAAUGCUGCCGCCGUAGCUGUCGCCCCUGCUGUUGCCGCUAGGGUUUGAUCAAAUAUUUCGCGGUAGUUUAUUUUUAUAUAAUUUUGUGAAUGAUUUACUGUAUUAAGUAGAUAAAAGAAUGAUGGAAAUGAGAUGAAAAUAAUGCUCUAUGUAAGAUGUACCUUUUCUUUUUAGACACAAAACUGGAAUUUGUAAUUUGGAUCAACCAACUUGGGAAUUUAGUUAGUAAUUUGUUAUAGAGAAUGAUGUUAAUUGUUGUGAUUGA